AUGCUAUGCGUAUUAUCAAUUUUAUUGGUCACAUCUGCAACUUGCAUGGACACCAUCACACAAGACUUGGUAACACCAUUGAAGUAUAUGGGAGAAGCCUGUGGAUAUGAGAGUUGUCCAAAAAUUAACCCCAAUAUACUGAAUGUCCACAUUGUCCCCCAUACUCACGGUGAACUAGGGUACACCCAUACCUUCUACGAGUAUUACACUGGCUGUGAGUAUUUACAUUUAUUUAAUUAUUGAUGUUGGGAGCAGAAGAGCCAAAUCAACAUGAAAAGAAUAUUAGAUUACACAAUAACGGAAUUAUGGUCGAAGGAGACGAGAAAGUUUACGUUCUCGGAUAUGCCGUACUUCUUCCGCUGGUGGGCGAACAGAGAUGGCACGGUCCGCCGCAUGGUGUACGAGCUGCUCCGCCAGGGUCGGCUGCACUUCGUCGGCGGCGGCUGGAGCAUGAGUGAUGAGGCCACCACCAGCUACCACGCCAUCGUCGACCACUUCACAUACAGCCUCAGGAAGAUUAACGCUACGUUUUUGGACUGCGGUCGACCAUUGGUGACGUGGCAAGCUGACGUCUUCGGUCAUACCCGGGAGUUCGCGUCUCUGAUGGCGCAGAUGGGCUUCGAUGGACACUUCGUGAGCCCCAUCAGCUAUGACGACGAGCUGGCACGCAUGAGGAGGAAUGCGCUGGAAUUUGUUUGGAGGGGAAGCGAUGAUUUAGGUGCGGAAUCGGACAUCUUCACUCACAAACUGUUUGACGGCUACUGGUCUCCCCCAGGGUUCUGUUUCGGAGGGUUGUGUAAUGAUCCACUGAUUGUCACCUCGGAUAGUCUCUUCAAGAAUAUUGACGAGAGAACAAACGAAUUCUUCCGGAGUGUCCUCCAUCGUCAAGCGCCGUAUUACAGCACCAACAAUAUCAUGGUGAUGAUGGGGCAACGCCUCGGGUACUUCGACGCGAGCGUCUGGUUCGCCAACAUUGACAAGUUAAUUGAUCACGCCAACAACUAUACCUUGAAUGGCGCCAGGCUGAACGUGUUUUACUCGACCCCCGCUUGCUACUUGAAAGCCGUGCAUGACGCUUAUCCCCAGCUCCCGAGCAAGCAAGACGACUUUCUACCAUACGCGUACGACUCGGCCACAUAUGCUACUGGUUCGUACACGUCGCGACCCACCAUCAAGUUCAUGACUCGAGAAGGGCACCUUUAUUUACAGACAGUAAAACAGUUGCAAGUGACGGCCCAGCUCGGGAACAAUGACAAGUUCCUUGAGCAAUAUGACUGGAUAAACGGCGUGUUUCAAGACCACAACAUAAUAACAGGAGAGAUGCGAGCGCAUGUUAAAAAUUAUUACACACAAAAAAUGUAUGUUGGAACGCAGCAAGCAACCGGCUUGAUCAGAAGUGCUUUCAACAAACUGCGAGGCAGCCCCACAUCUACUGUGUACUACAGGUGUUCCUUCAACAUCUCCUGCUGUUUCAACACUCACGGUGAACAAUACUUCGUAGUUAUAUACAAUCCCCUGGCUUGGCCUGUCACAAUACCGGUGCGUUUACCAACAUACAGGAGGGACUACGUGGUUUACAAUCCGGACGGUGAGAAAAUUCGAUGCGCGCUGAUACCAAUACCGGAACCAGUGACUCAAAUACCAUACAGGAAAUCCAAAGGUCGAUACGAACUGGUAUUUAUCGCUGAAGACCUCCCACCGAUGGGCUACCGCUCCUAUUACGUGAGAGACCGUGAACUAGGCUGGUCCAGACCCAAACGAUCGAUUACCAAGAAAAUUAGUAGAGACAACGGCAAAAAAUAUUACAAAGGACAAACAAAUGCAUUUAGUGAUUUUGCUAAUCAUAAAGAUAAUGGAUAUGAAGAGAUUAAAGGAGACAAUAACGAUGAAUAUUUCGAUGACACUAUCGUAAAUAAUACAACCGAAAAAAAUAUAUAUAAAAACUUUAAUAAUUAUGACAUAAAACAUGAGAGAAAUAGUUCUAAAUAUGAUAAUAAUUACGACUUUUAUAUUGAGAAUAAACCAAGAUUAAGGACAGAAUUAAACGUGUACGACACGAGUACAACGACAGUUUCAAAUACGCAAUUAAAAGAAGUAAAUGAAAACGAUAAAUAUAUUGCUAAAGUAACAAAUCAAAGUAAAGAUACUAGCAAUAAUGUUGAACCAAAAACAGAAGGAGUAGAAGCACGUGAUGCAAUGGAUAAUGUUUCUGCAACUAAACAAGCAGUAAAUGUUGAAAUAACCGAUGAAGCGACGAAAAUGUUUACAGAAGAGACAACAGUGGAUGACAAUUUGAACGAAUACAGUACUGUAACAACACCUACUGAUAAAUUUACAACAAGAAACGGCGCUUACAACUACACUGUGACAAGAACGCCUCCUUCUAAAUAUGGAGGUAAGGAAGUUCAUGAAAAUAGAGAAACGGAAACAAUAACACCUGAUAAUGAAGAAUUUGAAGAUCCGAAAGAAAAAAUUUGGAGAGGAUCCCAAUAUGUUGAGGUGAAAGAUAAUUUUAUAAGGAACAGAUUUAUAAAAGUAAAUAUGGACAAUCGAGGCCGGAUCGAACUGGUCGAGUUACUGAACGGAGUCAACAUGUCUCUCGACAUAAAAUUCUAUUUCUACGCAUCAGACGACCCGGACAGAAUGGGAACGGACAAGAAAAGGCCCGGUGCUUACAUAUUCAGAGCUAUGGACCCUAAACCGAAACUUAUUGAAGACUAUCUAGAGAUGAAAGCAUACAAAAAUGGUUUACUACAAGAGCUGCAUAUGCAGUAUUCAGAUUAUACCUCUUUUGCUCUUAGACUGUAUAGACGAACGCCAUACAUCGAAUUAGAAUGGAUCGUGGGGCCUAUACCAUGUAAAGAUGAAAUUGGCAAAGACGUAUUCAUAAGAUACUCCACUGAUCUGGACAACAGAGGCGUUUUCUACACGGAUUCCAACGGGAGACAGACUGUGAAGAGGAUAAGGAAUACCAGAGCAUCCUUCGUGUUGGGGAAUCAGGAUCCUGUGGCUGGAAAUCUAUAUCCGGUCACAUCAAAAAUUUACAUAGAAGAUAUAAAGAAAAACAUACGAUUCUCCGUCUUCAACGAUAGAGCACAAGGCGGGAGUUCAAUGAACGAUGGUCAAAUAGAUCUAAUGCUGAAUCGGCAAAUAUUUACCGACGAUAGUGGCAUACAGGCAUUACUUAACGAAACCGAGAGUGAAAAAGGCUUGAUUGUCAGAGGCAAACAUUACUUGUACAUCACAAAAUCUGAUUACAAACCGAAUAGAAUAUUCGAGAAGAAAUUCUCCAAAGAAAUCGAAUUGAGACCUACCGUUUUUGUCUCGAAGAAAUCUCCGUACGGUAUAAACACGAAAAGUGCAUGGAUCAAAGAGAAAAAUGAAUUUAGCGCUGUAAAAACUAAACUGCCUUUGGGAGUCCAUGUUUUGACAAUUGAGAAAUGGAACACAGGCACCAUUUUGUUGAGACUGGAGAAUUAUUUAGAGAAAUCUGAUGUUGUAAAAUCUGGUAUUAAAAGAGUCGUUCUUAAUAAUCUCUUCGAAGGGAUGGAAAUUUUAAGCGCUAACGAAACGACUUUAGCUGCGAAUAUGUGGUUGAAAGACUGGGUGCCACUGCAGUGGGAUAAAAAUGAGAACUUUGUGAAAAACUUCAAUGAAGCGUAUGGUACCCAGAAUAUUAGUUUCAGAGAGGAUGAAGGUUUGAAGCCGAUUGAUGACAUCAAUGUAAACGAAGUAGUAACAUUGAGUCCGCAACAAAUCAGAACAUUUGUUUUAACUUUCAAGUAUGUUACUUAACUACUUCUUUGAUUACCUCUACUGAGUCGAGAUUCGUCUGUUCCUGUUAACUAUUUGUUGGAUAAUAUAUAAUUUUUAUCAGUUAA